AAUGCAGUGAAAUGUCAAACAAAUACGAUUGGAGUGAAUACCAGACCAUUCAAUGCACUUAUGAUUUGAAGGCAAUUAAGAAAUGGUUGAAUAGUCUGACGGCUCUAUUGAACGGCGUUUGUCUCACCGAUGAGUGCAUUGUCUUCACCGGUGUUAUGAAGAGGAUUACUAUACGCUUAAGAAACGCUAAAGUGUCCCGGAUCAUCAAACAUGCCAAUAAAUGUCUGAAAAGUUUCUUCGCUUUGAAAUUAUCGGAUGUAAUGAACGAUAAGAUGUCAUCACUUGUUGUGGAAAACUAUGACAUAUCGAGCGGUCAUAUAGUGUUGCCGUUUAGACAACAAAUUGAAUCCGUUUUACAAGUGUUUGUGGAAAGUCUGCAAAUUCUCCGCAAAUUUAUACUCAUUUCGCAAAACGCUUUCAGUCACUGCACCCCUUGGCUUAGGACCGGACAUCUUGUGCCACAUUUCCUGAUGAUGUCGUCUUCGUUAUCACGGCUCAAG